AUGUCGGAUCAGAUCAAGUCUUUGACGACGACGGCGUCGGUUUUGGUGAGCAAGGACCAGGCAGGCUUGCUCAACAACAAGACGUACAAGGACGCAUUGUCCACUUUUGGGGGCCUCAAGAGCCAGAAACUUGUGAAAAGACAUGCUGAGAACGCAAGGACCAGUGUUUCUCUUGUAAGGAGGUCCAAGACUACGCGAAACGACGGGCUAGAGAUAGUAAGCGACCAGCUGCUGGCAGAGAUCCCCACACAGGACGAAGAAGACACCGUGUUCUCCUUAUACCAGGGAUUCAGUGCUAUCUUGCCAGACCUGGAGCAAGCAGUUGCGCCCUCGAAACGACUCUCCGCGGGACUGAACGCUGAUACCAUUAAGUCGACAACGAACGUAGCUCAGUUGCACCAGUACAAGGACGACGUGAACUAUAAGUUGGACCUGUUGGAGAUCAGAAAAGGCAUUGCCGAGAGCGACAUCAAGGAGCUCGACGCCAAAAUCGAGCAGCUAUAUCGUCUGCGCAAGAAAAUGUUUGACCGUGUGGCAGAGUACGAGAAAGAGGAGUCGGAUCUGGAGAAACUGCUCCGGAUAGUGGAGAAAAGCCUCGAGAACAAAGGCGCCCAGACGACGGAAGGGGCCGUUCCAGAGCCGGCCCCUGUUCGUAGACAUGCCUCGACGCUGAACCAGUAUUACAGUCCAGGGAGCGAGAUAGUGCGAUUAGAGGCCCACGAUGACGCAGUGACCUGCUUUGCAUUCGACGCUCCAUUUGGCACUCUUGUGUCUGCCUCGCUAGACAACACCGUCAAAGUCUGGGAUCUGAAUAGAAACGAGUGCAUUGGAAGACUAGAGGGCCAUCUGUCGAGCGUGGAGUGCUUGGCGAUGGAAAAAGAUCUUGUUCUGACGGGAUCGCUGGAUGCGUCUUUGCGACUCUGGGAUUACACCAAGGUAGGCGAGGAAGAGCCGCUGUUGCAUACUUUUGAGCGACACAUGGACGAGAUCACGGCCGUGAGCAUGUCGGGGUCGACCAUUGUGUCGGGAUCGGCCGACAAAACCAUAAGACACUGGGACGUGGCUACCGGCCAGUGCAUUCAGACAAUCGACGUGAUGUGGGCGGCUUCAAGAAGCUGGAAGCAGGCCCCAGCUAAGAUGGGGACCCCAUAUAUUGGUGCGCUACAGUGCUUUGAUGCCGCUCUAGCUUCCGGAACAGGCGAUGGCGUUGUUCGUCUGUGGGAUCUGCGUAGCGGAGAGAUCAUCCGCCAGCUUGUUGGUCACACGAGUGCCGUCACGUGCUUGCAAUUUGAUGAGCACAGCAUUGUAACGGGGUCGCAGGACCGGUCUGUCCGGAUAUGGGACCUGAGAACAGGGGUGUUGAUGGACUCGUUUGCAUACAGUCACGAAAUCCGGUCACUGCAGUUCGACGAGAAACGAGUGGCAUGUGCUGCGGGCGAGGAGACAGUGAAGUUGUACGACCGGAUUGACCAGGCUCACACGGACGUGGCCAAGGGCUCUGGGACAGUGACUUUCUGCCGCUACACAGACAGCUAUCUGGUGGAAGGCCGGGACAACGGUAGCAUAGGUGUGUGGAAGAUAUAA